AUGAAAAACAGAAUAUGGAUCGAUGGAUGUUUUGAUCUUUUCCACUUUGGUCAUGCUAAUGCCCUUAGACAAGCAAAAGGCUUAGGUGGUACUUUAAUAUGUGGAAUUAACUCUUUUGAUGAUAUUUAUAAAAAUAAAGGCAUUCCUGUUUUUACUGAUGAAGAGCGAGAAGAGAUAGUUAAAUCUUGUAGAUGGGUUGAUGAAGUGGUUUCUAAAGUUCCUUAUUCUCCUAGUGUUGAACUUAUUAAGAAAUUUAAUUGUGAUUACGCUGUACAUGGUGACGAUCUUGCUUGCGAUGAAAACGGGGUUGAUGUUUAUGCAGAAACUAAGGCCUUAGGACUUUUUAAAGAAAUCGGCCGAACGAAAAACAUUAGUACAACAGAAAUUGUUGGAAGAUUACUUUUGCAAGAAAAGAAAAUAACAGUUCAAAAUCAACAGUCUACAGAAGAGUCUUUAUUUUAUAAAAAUAUGAAAGAGAUUUUUAAAUUACCGUGUAAAAAAAAAGAAGGCACUGUGGUAUUUAUUGAUGGUAUAUUUGAUUUGUACCAUGCGGGACACUGUAAAGCUAUUGAGAAUGCCAAGAAAAACGGAGAUUAUCUCAUUGUGGGACUUGUAAGCGACAGUCUUGCAAAAGAAUAUUUGAAAGUAUCUCCCAUUUUAAAUGAAAAUGAGAGAUAUCUUGUACUAAUGUCUAAUAAAUAUGUAGAUGAAAUUAUUAUGUCACCAUCUAACUUUGACGAAGAUUUUAUUAGAAAGCAUCGAAUUUCAAAAGUUUUUCGUUCACCCGACAUAAAAGAUUUGUCACGAUUUCAAAAUGUGAAAGAAAAUUUUAUUUUUGAUAAUACACCUAAUCCUUUUUCAGAGUUAUCUACUGACAAAAUAGUAAAUAGGAUUAUUUCAAAUUAUCAAUUAUUUCUUAAGCGACAAAAUUCUAAACUAUCAAAUGAUUAA